CCUACAAAUUAUUAAUUAUUUAAUUUAUUUCUUGAUUCUACCCUUGGCUAGUGCCGCCUCCACAAUUCUCUCUAUCCUGCCAUGGCACAAUGGCACGGCUACUGCUGCUAUGGCUUUUACUGAUUGUCUGAAAAUUCACCGUGUUCUCAUAUCUCUGCAAAAAUGGUGACUACUUUAUCACUUCAUCUUACGCGAAUCGUCUCCCAAUUUUCCGUUCAUUCUUCUCUGUUUUCCCCUCUUUCUUCUGCCAAGCAACGGCCUCGGUUACUCAAUUGUCGCCAGAGCCUGCGCUUUCACGGUCGCAGGGGUUUCUUCGUCUCCUCUCACGCAGCACCACGUCGUCGCUUUAGUAUCUCUGCCUCCACCACCUCACAAGACUGGGAUAAGCACAGUGACGCUUCAAAUGAAAGAUAUGAUGUGAUUGUUGUCGGAGGGGGGCAUGCAGGCUGUGAAGCUGCCCUUUCAUCUGCUCGUAUAGGGGCAAAAACACUUCUUCUCACGCUCAAUAUUGACCGCAUUGCAUGGCAGCCUUGCAAUCCGGCAGUGGGUGGGCCUGCAAAGUCUCAACUCGUCCAUGAAGUGGAUGCGCUUGGUGGUGAAAUUGGAAAGGUAGCUGAUAGGUGUUAUUUGCAAAAGCGCGUCCUCAAUAUCUCAAGAGGCCCUGCUGUUAGGGCACUGCGUGCUCAAACUGAUAAAAGGGAGUAUGCUUCGGAAAUGAAGAAGAUUUUGGAAAGUACGCCAAACCUGUCUAUAAGGGAAGCAAUGGUGACAGACAUGUUGGUAGGGAAGAAUGACAAUGUGGAAGGUGUCUGUACAUUUUUUGGCAUGAAUUUCUACGCACCUUCUGUAGUUCUUACUACCGGUACUUUCAUGAGCGGGAAAAUUUGGGUUGGCAAAACUUCAAUGCCUGCAGGACGAGCUGGUGAAUCAGCUUCACAUGGUCUAACAGAAUACUUGCAGCAGCUUGGAUUUGAAACUGACCGGCUAAAAACUGGAACCCCUGCGCGUGUUGAUUGUCGUACAGUAGAUUUCUCAGGAUUGGAGCCUCAACACGGAGAUGAAGAGGUUAACUGGUUCAGUUAUGAUCCUGAUUACCAUCUUGAACGAGAACAGAUGUGCUGCUAUCUUACACGCACUACAAAGAGCACUCAUCAAUUAAUUAAAGAUAACUUGCAUGAGACCCCCACUUAUGGAGGAUGGGUGGAAGCCAAGGGACCUCGAUACUGCCCCUCCAUUGAAGACAAGAUUGUAAGAUUUCAGGAUAAAGAGUCGCAUCAAAUAUUUCUUGAACCAGAGGGUCGGAGUGUCCCUGAACUCUACGUGCAGGGGUUCUCUACUGGUUUACCAGAGAGACUACAACUGCCACUCUUGAGAACGUUACCUGGUCUUGAAAAUUGUUCAAUGUUGAGGCCUGCUUAUGCUGUAGAGUAUGACUACUUUCCAGCACACCAGUGUUUUCCGUCCCUCAUGACUAAGAAAAUUGAAGGACUAUUUUUCUCUGGUCAAAUAAAUGGAACAACUGGAUAUGAAGAAGCUGCUGCACAGGGAAUUGUUUCUGGUAUUAAUGCUGCCAGGCAUUCGGCUGGUAAAUCCGUGAUAGUUCUUGAGAGGGAAACCAGUUAUAUAGGGACUUUGAUUGAUGAUCUGGUGACAAAGGACCUUAGAGAGCCUUAUCGCAUGUUAACCAGCCACUCAGAACACCGUUUGUUUCUUCGUUCUGAUAAUGCUGACAACCGCCUCACACCUCUGGGACGUGAUAUUGGUUUAAUAGAUGAUAGGCGCUGGAAAAUCUACUUGGACAAGAAGGCACGGAUUUUAGAAGAGAAACAGAGAAUUAAGACAACCAGGAUUUCAGGUGGAGAUUUAACUGCUGAAAUCACUGAGGUGUCUGGUCAGCCAGUGAGGGAUUCAUCAACAUUAGAAAGCCUUCUUAAGAAGCCACAUGUGCAAUACAAAAUUCUUGAUAAGCAUGGAUUUGGGAAUAAUCUACUAUCUAGGAUGGACAAAGAAUGUGUAGAGAUUGACAUCAAGUAUGAAGGCUUCAUUGUACGGCAGCAAAACCAACUUCAGCAGAUGGUUAAUCAACAACACAGACGACUUCCAGAUGAUCUUGAUUACUAUGCAACGACGACAUUGUCACAUGAAGCACGUGAGAAACUGUCCAAGGUCAGGCCACGAACGAUAGGACAAGCAAGUAGAGUAGGUGGUGUUAGCCCCGCUGAUGUUACAGCAUUACUUAUCAUCCUGGAAUCGAACAGGAGGAAAGCCCAUGAAGAAAGAAAGCACCAAAUGCUAACCUCGAUCAUAGCAGAUGCCAGUCAAGAAGUGUCUGAAAGUCCUCUUAAAGAGACGAUUAGCCCUUAAAAUAUGCAACAGAAGAUCAAAAUUUCCCGUGUACAGCAUCUGCUCCAAUGAAGAAUUUUAAAAAAAUUAAUCAACAUUUUGGACACACAUAUAUGUGGCGGUGUCAUAGAAGAUAACUUUGAUCGUAUUUCGUGUCACAAAUAACUUCGGAUUGUACUUUCUUUUACUAGUGCCCACAAAAUCAAAAUACUAAUGUGUUAAACAUGUCAUGUACAGUACUGCAACCCAGUAGGACCAAUUUUGCACCAUUCAUCCACUCUACUUGCACCCUUUCUAAAAUAACUCGAGAAAGAGUAAUAUUAGAAGGGUAAAGUUUGGUAAUCAAGUUACUUUAUGCAUUUAAUGUAAUAGUUCUUUCUUAAUUAUGUUACUUGAAAUAUUGGCACUAUCAACGCCCCGUUUGGCUCUCAUUAUUCCACAUUAUAAUGAGAGGAUUAGUAAUUUUUUA